UUUGCCAUGAACCCUCCGAUGGGACGCCGGUGCUGCUGAUGCCCUGCGUGCAGGCGCCGUGAUUGGCGAAGGCACGAUGGCGCAUCGGCGGCUGUCUCUAGGGCUGCUACAAGUUGCUGCUCUGUUUGUUCUUUGCGGGGGGAACAGUUCUCCAGAUGGAAAUUGGAAGAAAUUCCUUGUUCGGAUUGACAGAGCUGUGCAGGAGUAUACACCAUGUGUGAAGGAAAACUGUAGCUGUUAUCAAAGCGUUAGGGAAAAGGACUUGGCUCCUUUUCAAGACGGAAUCUCCAAGGAGCUGCUGUCAGAAGCAAUCAGUCGAAGGCUCGGGACACACUACCAGAUUGUUGGGAAGAAGGUAUACCGUGAACAUGAUUGCAUGUUCCCAGCAAGAUGUAGUGGGGUUGAACACUUCAUCUUGAAGAUUAUUAAUGACCUUCCAGACAUGGAGAUGAUAAUCAAUGUACGAGACUAUCCCCAGGUGCCAAAAUUGAUGAAACCAAAGGUUCCUGUCUUCUCUUUCAGUAAGACUUCAGACUAUUAUGAUAUUAAGUAUCCUGCCUGGACAUUUUGGGAAGGGGGACCAGCUGUUUGGCCUAUUUAUCCAACAGGCCUAGGGCGCUGGGACCUAAUGAGAGAGAACCUUAGAAGUGCUGCAGAAAAAUGGCCAUGGAAGAAGAAAAUUUCUAAAGCCUAUUUCCGUGGAUCCAGGACAAGUUCAGAACGGGAUCCCCUCAUUCUUCUUUCUCGAGAAGAUCCUGACCUUGUUGAUGCUGAAUACACUAAAAAUCAAGCCUGGAAAUCUGAAAAAGACACUCUUGGGAAACCACCAGCUAAGGAAAUUCCACUAGUAGAUCAUUGUAAAUAUAAAUACCUCUUUAAUUUCCGAGGUGUAGCAGCCAGUUUCCGCUUCAAGCACCUCUUUCUUUGUGGCUCACUUGUCUUUCAUGUUGGGGAAGACUGGCAAGAAUUCUUCUAUCCUCAGCUGAAACCUUGGGUCCACUAUAUUCCAAUCAAAUCUGAUCUCUCUGAUGUAAGGGAGCUGUUGGCGUUUGUGAGAGAGAAUGAUGACAUAGCCCAAGAAAUAGCGGAGAGGGGUCGCCAAUUCAUCAUGGAUCACUUGCGGAUGGAAGAUAUCUCUUGUUAUUGGCAUAGACUUCUGACAGAGUACUCCACAGCUCUGACUUACAAAGUUCAACGAAAGAGUAACUACAGUGAAAUUCUUCCCAAACACUUGAAAACAGAACUGUAACUGCCAUUCUCUUUCCAGUUCAGUACCAGGGCUUGUGGACAUUAUGAAAUCCAAAGAACAGCACUGGUUUUGUUCAACAGAAAUUCUGUGUUUCAUGCUGCCAAACUAGAGGGAGAAAAAAAUGUAUUACUGUCACAUACUGUAUUAAAAUGCCUGGUCAGAUCCAAAAUUACAGAAGAAUUCAAGUAAGUCAGAAGAGCCCAUGUUUCACCAAGUUCUAGUGGUGCUCUGCUUUUGAAGGUUUUCAGAAAGAAGAAUUGUAUUGGGAGUAAACUGAUGUUAAGCAUUGAUUCACUUGAACAAAACUAGUUCAAUGGUCUGUGAAUCAUCUCCUGAAUCUUCACAAUGCGACAUUCAGACCUAUGUCUGUUUAGUGUCAGGGUGCUAGUGUAUGAGGCCCACAGUAUACCAUAGCAAAAUAGCUUCAGAAAAAACAUCUUAAUAUGCCCUCAAAUGUUACUUGAUCUAGAAAGGGAUUAUGAUAUGUCCAGCUCUGCAAAUGUACAGAAUAGGGAUUGCAUGUGUAAAAGGCUCCAGGUAGGAUCACAGUAAGGUGUCCCAUUGGGUUGGACUAACAGUGCAUCUGGUCCCGCAUUCUGCAAAUGACUAACUGGAUGGUGCCCAGGAAUUUAUAAGCAAGAUGUGAGGACAACAUCUCUCUAUCAUUGUCUGUCCUAGUUCAGGCAUACCAACUGAAUUCAGACCUGGCAGUAAGCCCUGGGUUCAGAUGCUCCCUUUCACGCCUCACACAGGCUGCUUGUGUGUAUCACCAUUUCCUGGUUUAAUCAUAUCAUACUUUGGGCUCAGUAAGUCAGUGGCAAAGAACAUACUUUGCAUACAGAAGGUCUCCAGUUCAAUCCCUGACAUCUAACAUUAUGAAAGUAUGCAAAGGGUAGCAGAUGAUGGAAAGGCCUCUGCCUGAGACAAUGGACAGCUUCACCCAGUUAGAACAGACAGUACUGGACAAGAGGGAAAGAUGAUCUGCCCUGAUGCAAGGCAGCUUCCUAUGGUCCUCCUGGGUCUUAGUUUGCUGGUUUGGAUAUAAAAUGCAUGUUGAGUGUUUUUUCCCUGCCUUUUUGAUAAAAUUGUAUGUAUUUUUUACAAGGUUGAAGUAUGACUUUCCUUCAGUAUCCUUUGAGAGCUCCUCUAUCAAAAUGUGGGUAAUAUGCAGAUUAUUGCAUUUUAACCCACACUUCUAAAACGCACAGGGUUCUAUUCAUGGGGGUGUUCCCCAUACUUUAUCUCUACUCCAGUCCUAUCAGGCAGGUUAUGCUGAGAGGUGGUGACCACCCUAAGAUCACUUACAGUGCAGUCCUGAACAAGUUUGUUCAGAAGUAAGCCCCUGUGAAGAAAUGAGGGCGGGGGGUGUUAAAGGUUUAACUGUUACAUUUUGUUUCAAUGAUUGAAGAGUUUAAGUAAUAGAAAAAAUGUAUGUGAUGUCCUUUACACAAGCCUGGAGCCUGAGAAUUGAUGCAUUGUAAUGUUCUAGUGCAGGGAUGGCAAAUCUUUUAGAGACUGAGUGCCCAAACUGCAACCCAAAACCCACUUAUUUAUCACAAAGUGCCAACACUGCAAUAAAACUUGAAUACUGAGGUUUUAGUUUAGAAAAAACAACUCACAGCCAGUCUAAGCAAAUAUAUAUUUAUAGCCUAGGCAGCGCAUUGACCUGCCAUACAAAAGCUCGGACGAGUCGCGGCUAAUGAGUUGCAGCUCGUGAUGUCAUUGCCUGGCACUGCUACUCCUUUCUGAGCAUGCGCAUGGCCCCUGUGCGCACUGUUAUCCGAUGCUUGGCUGCUGGGGCGAUGCUGGGGCAACUUGGCUCGUGUGCCAACAGAGAGCGCUCUGCAUGCCCGCUGCAGCACAUGUGCCAUAGGUUUGCCACCACUGUUCUAGUGAAAUGGCAGUUACUGUUACCACUGGGAAUGGAAUGAGACCACAUUUCCAUCUUCAUAGAAGGGAAAGUAAGCAUCAAAGCUGGUAUCACCUGGCUGGGGAAUAAUUGAAUGUUCUGAAAAUGCCCAUUGGUCCUAAAUUUGAACAGAGGUGCUGAAAUAGAAUGUUGACCACACCAAAACUGAUUGGCCGGAGUUUCUGACUAUAUCAAAUAUAAACAGCUGUUGAGAGGCAUCUUCAGGAGUUUUUGCCUCAGGGACAGUUGUCAGGAGGUGUCUUCAUGAGAGCCUGGAGAGUCUGAGGAAGGAGCCACAAGACCGGAGAGUCUGAGCCGGCAGCCACAAGACCAGAAAGGCAGUCUGAGAGCUAGGGGCAAAAGCUGAAGGUCUGUAAGUGAGAGGAAGAUCUCUAGAGCAGCCUUGAGGAGAAAGAGGUGAAGCAAAUGGUAGCAGUGUUCUGAAGGCAGAGUAGGUGCUAGACCAAACUGAAGACCUCAGGGGAAACCUGGUGAACAGUCUUAAAGUUUCCAGCUGGAAAUCAAACCCUACCAGAGAGAAAAGUAGCAUAGCUAUGCUUAUGAGCUAACUGGGGAGGUGCUGGAAUGGGGAACUGGCUUAAGUUACAUUAAGGUUAGGAUCUCGGCUUGUAAUACUUGAUUGCAGGCAACAGGAACACUAUAGAAGUCCUGCUUUGAAAGGAACCAUAUAGAAAUGUUAUUUGUAAAGUAACAGCAAACUUAAUAAGUGUUCUUGUUUAUUUCUUUUUAAUAAAAUACUAUAUUUCUUUGUUCACUUCCCUUAUAUUUCUGAUGUCUCUCUCAUGCCUAAUGAAAAGCUACCUUAGGAAAAAGGAGUAUAUUUAUAGAGAAGUGUAGAUUUGUGGUGGCAACAAAAGUAAAGGCAAGGAUUUCCUUUUAAUGGUGAGUAGUGCCUGUAACAGUAGGAAUGUCCCUGUAAGAAGAGAUGUUCCUCAACAUUUGGUCUUAGAGAUGAGUUGGCCCAAGAGCAGAGGGUCCUAUGUUAGGUUCCCUACAGCCCUAUUGCAACCUUAUUGAGCAGAAUGGGGAAUUAAAUCCAGUUCUUGUCAACACUAGGUAAAACAGGGCAGUAUGUGGGUGAUAGGAUAUCCCAGUUCUGCCUCUGUACUAACACUGGCCUACAAAUUUUGGGAAAUUAUUGACCUCAGAGAUAAAGUGUGCUAAUUCUUGUAUAUUUUGGUUAGAUGAAUUAGAAAACAGGUGAUAAAGGUGCUGGUUGGCUAAAGUUUUCAAGAUAUUUCACAAUUAAUAUUUAUAUACAAGUUUAUAUGUGUAAAGAUUUAUAUAUUUGCCUACAAGGGAGGGAGGUGUCUGAUGAUCAUGAUGCUCUUUGAUUAUAGUAAUCAACCUUCCAUGCCACUGCAAAAGUAAAAAUUUCAAUGCCUUGAAGCAAACGAGAAAGCCAAACCAUUCCACAAACAGGUAGUCACAUUGGAAUGGUCUCCAUGUUGGAAAUAAGCAACAGUGGAGGUCCUGGUGGGUACCCCUGCACCUGCAGACAGCAGGUUGCUGGCCUCUGGCAUAUACAUAGUCCACUAGAUGUGCAAAAUACUCCUACAAUUUCUCUAAAAUGCUGAUUAUCUUCCUCAGUCUACCUAUAGGUAUAGCAAAAAAAAAAAAAAUGCCCUGGCAGUCAAAUUUUGAAGACACUGGGUAGGAAAGAACACAUUGGGUAGGGAAGAACAGUUGACUCAGUCUGUGAAAGAAUUGCAAUAGGAAAUAAAACAAAGUGGUUUGGGAGGAGAUGAUGAGUAAAAGAUGACAAGAUUUUUUAACAGGAUAAAUUUAUUUCAAGUGAAGAAGAAUAGUCUGGUGUAUUAUAAAACUCUGUUAUAGCUUUAAAUGAAGAGUUUUUCAUUAAGACGGGGAAGAUUUUCCAAAUCCAGAAAAACAAAGGGCCUGAGCAGUUGACAGAUGUUCAGUUCCAUGUGAUGUAACACAUUGUGUAUGCCUUCUCUUUUGUUUACAGCUGUGAUGUUGCCCAGACAGCUGAUGAGGGAAGGAAUAAAAUGGAGCAACUGUAGGAUUAUUACAUGAUUCUCAUUAUUACAAUUUGGUAAUUGGACUGGUUAUACAUUGGUAACUUCAGGCAACAAGUUCUUGUUACCUAAGAAGGAAAGUUCCAUGCCACUCCAAGUAAUAAGCUAAUUUGUAAUUAGUAAAAUUAUAAGUUAGUAUUUUUGGAUCUUAAUUAUCAAUAAAAGAAAAAGUUAUCAACAGUGAGACUCAUGUACAAGGUUUUAUACUAUCUUCAAAGUCACUUUUACAGUGUUACAAAUAAAAUGAAUUUUUCACUUUAUCUGUAUAAAUAAAAUACAUCUGUUCAAUUGGGACUUUUGUUUAUGUGCAUAUGUUUGCAUAUUUUUACCUUAGUAAUGUCACAUUUAUUUAUAUAACCAUCUAUUAAAGGUCAAGCUGUUAUGGAUUUCCAA